AUGGAGAAGUUACUUCGGGUUCGAGGAUCCAUUUCGUUAAUAAGAAGAUGUCUGUGUACACCAGCACAAGAUAGUAAAACGCAGGCUCAGGCAACUGUUGAGUCACUAUCUUCAAGAUAUAAGCCUACAGAGUUUCAAAAAUUUCUUCUUGUCUGGACCAAAAAAUAUAAGAGCAAGGCAGACAUCCCUAAAUACGUAACCUCUGAUGUUAUUGAUAGAUCCAGGAGUCAAGCUAGAAUAAAGUUGUCUAAUAUCUUAAUGGCACUUACUGCUCUUGGAAGUGUUUUUGCUAUUUGGUCUGGCAAAAAUGCAGCAAAAAGAGGAGAAUCUGUUCAUCAAAUGAAUUUAGAUUGGCAUAAACAGUACCAGGAGGAGUUUAAAAAGAACCAAGAACAAGCACAAGCAAAGUGA